AUGGUGACCACAGAAGACCAAUACCCAGGCUGCGUAAUCCCGGAUAGAUGCAUGCUCUAUCCAGACCAAAGCCUUACGCGCCGAGACGCGUUUUGCGAGAGCGACCUGAAGUGUAUAUGCAAGGUCGACAACCACUUGGGCACCAACAGCCUGUUCUCUAGCGAGUGCUUGUUGAAAGAGUGCACUGAUGAGCAUGAGCGCAAGUCCUUCCUUAAGGACUGGUUGGAGUCCUGUCGGCAGGCUGGCAAGUCAGGCUGGGAUGACAUGCCUUGGGAAUGGGAACCGUAUCUUCCGCACGGAGAAAUUGUCGUUAGACCAACGACGUUCCUGAAUGCGCCGCCUGCGACGUCGUCAAGCACAGUGCAGUCGUCUGUGUCGGUUGUUACAUCAACUGCGGCUGUUGCGACAUCGCUGCCCGUGACUUCAUGGUCAAUGACUACACUUUCAAUUUUAGUCACAAGUACUUCUGGUAUUCUCAGCACGUUUGCCAACAUCACAUCAACCUCCUUUAGCAUCCCAGAAGCGACAACGACACCAGCUCAGCCCAUCACCAUCACUUCUCGUCCCCUCAGCCCCGAUGCAAUCGGUGGUAUUGUGACUGGCAUCCUCCUCCUUGUCAUCCUCUGCGCAGGCCUUGGCUUCUUCUACUGGAAAGCCAACAAGAAGGCUAAUGAAAAGAACAGAGAGGUAGCUAUUCUAAGCGACCGAGUUAGCGGAUGCGGCUUCCAGAAGCGCAUCGAUGAGCUUCUGGCGGAGAGCAACAGCUCGACUGGGACCAUCUUGCGACACAACGCGCCGACGCCGGACGUUCUAGAGAUGGCUGGUGGGUCGACGAGUACGGUGGGAGUCACGUCGCAGAGUAGUUCAGUGUACUCGAUGGACCUUGCGCGGGCAUUGUGA